CAACAUGCAUCAUGCUGUUGUUGUUGUGUAUCUAUCCCGCUUUCAUUUGGACAACUUCGGGCAAGAAGAAUGGCCAUGAGACGUGUAUUCCGUCUUGCAGCCCCAAGAACAUUAACUCCUGCAAUAAGUGCAAAAUUGAGCUGGUGGUCACAUGUUGAGCUUGGCCCACCAGAUGCAAUUCUUGGCUUGACCGAAGCAUUUAAGAAGGACCCAAAUCCCAACAAAGUGAAUUUAGGUGCAGGUGCCUAUAGAGAUGAUAAUGGCAAACCAUUUGUGCUUCCAUCCGUUAGGAGGGCAGAGGAUAUAAUCAGAUCUAAAAACCUGGAUAAAGAAUAUUUGCCUAUCUCUGGUUUAGCAGAAUUCACUAAAGCUUCUGCAAAGUUGGCUUUUGGAGAUGACAGUGAGCAUAUCAAGAAUUCCUUGAAUAUCACAGUUCAAGGCAUAUCUGGAACUGGCUCUCUUCGAAUUGGUGCAAAUUUUCUUAAAAAGUUUUGGAAAGGAGAUCCUACAGUUUUUUUGCCAACUCCAUCUUGGGGUAACCACACACCAAUUUUCAAGCAUGCUGGUAUGGAUGUGAAACAUUACAGAUAUUACGAUUCAAAAACCUGUGGUUUAGAUAUCAAUGGUAUGCUUGAAGAUUUAAAAAACAUCCCAAGAGGUUCAAUAGUGGUUCUCCAUGCUUGUGCCCAUAAUCCCACAGGAGUUGAUCCUUCUCCAGAACAGUGGAAGGAAAUUUCAGAUGUUAUAAAGAAAAGCGGGCACUUUGCUUAUUUCGACAUGGCCUACCAAGGAUUUGCCAGUGGUGAUAUUGACAAAGAUGCAAUGGGGGUUCGCCAUUUUCUCGCAGAUGGGCAUAACAUCAUUUUGUCACAGUCUUAUGCCAAGAAUAUGGGUCUUUAUGGAGAGAGAGUGGGCGCCUUCACAGUUGUCUGCAGUUCGAUCGAGGAAGCCAAGGCAGUUGAAUCUCAGGUGAAGAUAAUCAUUCGUCCGAUGUACUCGAACCCCCCGGUUAAUGGUGCACGGAUUGCGUCGACGAUUUUGACUACCCCCGACUUGAGGGCUGAAUGGCUGGUCGAUGUCAAGGGAAUGGCAAAUAGGAUAAUCGGCAUGAGGCAGUCACUAAAGGAUAAUCUGGAAAAAGAAGGGUCAUCUCUUGAUUGGUCGCACAUCACAAAUCAAAUUGGAAUGUUUUGCUUCACUGGGAUGAACCAAGAUCAGGUCAACCGUCUCAUUAAUGAAUACUCGAUAUACCUCACGAAAGAUGGGAGAAUUUCUAUUGCCGGGGUUACUUCUGGAAAUGUUGAGUACUUGGCCAAAUCCAUGCAUGAGGUUACGAAGUAAUGACAUUUAUGUGGGCAAUAAUGAAACUGUGCUUCCAUUUUUAUACAUUUGUAAGUAACACAGUAAUUUUUCACACGUAAACCAAGUUAAUUAUACUAAUGUAUAGUUAAAGCGGUUGGUACAGUGUAUUAUUCUGCUUUGAUUGACGCUGUAAAACGCCGAAUUAUAACGCUGAGUUAUUAAAGAUAAAAUUUUCAAUGAUU